AUGGAGAAGACACUCCGGCCGUCCCGGAAGGACACCCUCUUGACUCGACGAUAUAUUGAAGGCCUCAUAGCGGAGGGCAAACAUGUCAUAAUCUUCGAGGGUCGUGUCCUAAGGGUAGACCCCUUCAUCAGAUAUCACCCCGGAGGAGAGAAGCCAAUUAAGCACAUGGUGGGCAGGGAUGCGACAGAUGAGAUCAACGCGCUACACUCCCAAGAAGCCCGCCAGCGUAUGCACUCGUACCAGAUUGGACGAAUUGAAGGAACAUGGAUCAACUUCCUACCUCCGAUCCAGGGCGGCAAGUUCCGCGCCUAUACCGAAGACACGUCGUGCCCGAGUGAUGAGGGUUCAACAACUCCAGAUAUCUCCAGUGGCUCCAGUCAAGAUGGAUCAAUUCCUCCCUCGCCGAUAUUCGAUGCCGUCGACUCUAAAUCCACAGUUCGUCAACGGAAACCGACCGGAACCGCUUUGACCGACCAACCCCAGGCCAAGCCUGCCUUCUUGGAUGCGAGAACACGGGAGGAAAUCUUCUUCGACACUGCCAAAUACCCUUCUUUGGAUACCGCAAGUCAAGAAGAGAUCAAACGGAAAUAUCGCGAACUGCACGAGCGUAUCAAGGCCGAGGGACUUUACGACUGCAACUACUCUUGUUAUUUUGUUGAAUGCUGUCGAUACACACUUUUAGCGGGUCUUUCCUACAUGUUCCUCCGCAUGGGAUGGUGGGCGACCUCGGCAUUCUUCCUUGGCUGUUUCUGGCAUCAGCUUGUUUUCACUGCCCAUGAUGCUGGUCAUAUGGGCAUUACACAUAACUUCCAUGUGGAUACUCUUAUUGGAAUGUUCAUCGCAGACUAUCUCGGAGGAUUGAGUCUCGGGUGGUGGAAGCGGAGCCACAACGUUCACCAUAUCAUGACCAAUGAGCCAGAGCAUGACCCGGAUAUCGAGCAUAUCCCAUUCUUCGCUAUCUCGCAUCGCUUCCUCACGAGUCUCCGAAGUACCUAUUACGAUCGAAUCAUGACCUUCGACGCCCCGGCUCGAUUUCUACUCAAAUUCCAGAAUUACUCUUACUAUCCCAUUAUGAUGCUCGCUCGGUUCAAUCUCUACGCCCUGAGUUGGGAGUAUCUGCUAAAGGGGCAAGCUCCUAAACGGGGCCCGGCUUGGUGGCAUGUUUGGUUUGAGCUCGUCGGACAGGUCUUCUUUUGGACCUGGUUUGGGUACGGUGUUAUGUACAAGAUGAUUCCCGAUGCAAGCAGCCGUAUCAUCUUCCUCCUCGUUUCACACAUUGUCUCCUCCCCACUACACGUCCAAAUCACUUUAUCCCACUUCGCUAUGUCGACCGCCGACCUAGGUGUUGGUGAGUCCUUCGCGCAGAAGAUGCUGCGUACCACUAUGGACGUCGACUGCCCAACAUGGCUGGACUUCUUCCACGGUGGUUUGCAAUUCCAGGCCAUUCACCAUCUCUACCCGCGGAUCCCGCGCCACAACCUGCGUCGUACGCAGAAGUUCGUCAUAGAGUUCUGCCGCGAUACUGGUAUCCCCUAUGCCAUCUUUACCUUCUAUGAUGGCAACAAGGAGGUUAUCAGCCGGCUUGGUGAAGUCGCGAAACAAGUCCGCCUCAUGGAGGAGUGCCGCAAGUCCAUUGCCGAGGGUGGCGUCUUCUCAGAUCACCAUCACUGA